GAGAUGAGAUCAGAAACAGAAGGGACACACACAUAACACUCUCACUCUCACCUAUAAAUUGAAUGGAAACUCAUCUCAGUAUCUCCCCCUCCCUGGUCUCUCUUCCUUUUCUUCACAAAACAUAAUUCUAAAACAGAUGGAUCGACCCGGAUUCGUAAUCGAGCCCAUCGAAGCCCAACCUACGGCCCAAUCGCUGGCCUCCCUCGUCGACUCAACCCGCACCCUCGCCCGCCCACCAAUCUCCAAUUUCCGGGUCGCCGCCGUAGGACUCGGAUCCUCCGGUCGCAUCUACGUCGGUGUGAAUCUCGAAUUCCCCGGCCUCCCCCUCCACCACUCCGUCCACGCCGAACAAUUCCUCGUAACCAACCUCCUCCUCAACGGCGAGACCUCCCUCACCUCCUUCGCUGUCUCCGCCGCACCCUGUGGCCACUGCCGCCAGUUCCUCCAGGAGCUCCGCGACUCAGAGAACAUCCAAAUCCUCAUAAUCUCCGACAACAAUGACCAAUUCACCCCCCUCUCCGACUUCCUCCCACACCGUUUCGGUCCCCUCGAUCUCUUCCCCGAAGGUUCUCCUUUUCUCUUGGAGCCCCGAAACAACGGGUUGAAGUUCACAACCCGAACCCGAAUGGAUCGCGAUGAUGAAGAUGAGAAUUUGAGAUCCAAUAAUGGUGCUGUUUGCAAUGGACACGGUACGGUCGUUGAUGAUGAGAAGUUAAAGAUUGCGGCUUUGGAGGCUGCGAAUGCGUCGCAUGCACCUUACAGUGGGUCCCCUUCAGGGGUGGCUCUGGAUGAUGAGAUCGUGGGGGCAGUGCUGGUGGAGAAAGAGGGUGCUCCGGUGAGGCAGGAAGAGACGGCGAGGUUGUUGAUGCGUUCCAUUUCAGCCACGUGCAGCUUCCAAGCAUUGCUUUGCUGUUCCGAUUCCAAUUAUGUUUGACAAUUGGCAUGGGUUUCUGAUUCAGAUUGUUAUUAUUGUUGUUGGUUUCUGAUUGAUCAUGGUGCUCAUUCAUGGAUAUGAGUCCAUGAGUCAUGAAUGGAUGGUGUAUAAUCAUUACCAUUUCUUUUGUGGUUCAAAUUCUUGUUAUAUUAUUAUAAUGAAACAGUACUGAAAACUCUUUUUAUUAUGUAUAUUUGUUUUCUUCUGGUAAUGCACUGAAAAUUGGAAAUCUUA